AGUCAAUCUCUGAACGAAGAGUGAACGUGACGCGUUUGGUACGCUGUCCCAAAAAUAAUUACGAAAUAGUCAAAGAAAAGAAAGACAAAAGAAAACCAUGGCCGUCGAAAACGUUUUAACCGCUAAAAUAGUAACAAUGGUAUCCUUAUUCGGCAUAUCCAUGUUCGUGGGAUGUUUGCCGUUGUUGAUAUCGAAGAAGUUCAACUGGUUCACGAAAUCCCGCGAUCCCAACCUGCGGUCUUCGAAUCAGCUGGUGAUGGGACUGUUGGCGUUUGGUGGCGGAGUACUUUUCGCUACAACGUUCAUGCAUCUCCUGCCUGAAGUGGACGAAAACAUUGAAUUGUUGCAAGAGACAGGAGAGAUCCCCGAUGUGCCAGUGUUCCUUGCCGGUUUGAUAAUGUGCGGAGGAUUCUUCAUGAUGUAUUUAGUAGAAGAAUUAGUUCACUUGUACAUACACGCCAGGGAGCACAAACCAUCAGAGAAGAACGACGCCAAACCGUUCAGCCUAAGGAAGAGCAUCUCGGGGAACGAUCCAGAAAUAAACCAAGAGACCAAACAAAUUGAGAAUGAAACCAAUAGCGGUCAUAGUCAUUUAGUUCUCGAUUCAUCCCAAGAAGAUUCUGUGGUGUCAGCCCUGAGAGGCUUGCUGAUAGUUCUGGCGCUAUCCAUUCACGAACUGUUCGAAGGAUUGGCAGUCGGCCUAGAGUCUUCAGUUGCCAAUGUCUGGUAUAUGUUCGGAGCGGUGUCAGCCCACAAAUACAUCAUUGCUUUCUGCAUCGGAGUUGAACUGUUAGCGGCUGGCACGAGAAAAUGGCUGUCUCUCGUCUACAUCUUUACGUUUUCGUUCAUGUCAGCGUUGGGUAUCGGCAUUGGGAUCUUACUAGUAGGAGGGUCAGGUGCCGCGGCAGCCGGACUAUAUUCAGUGGUGUUACAGGGCAUUGCCUGCGGUACUCUGGUCUACGUGGUGUUCUUUGAGGUGUGGAAGCGGAGCAGCGGCCUCCUGCAGUUCGCGUGCGCUCUCCUCGGGUUUGCGGUCAUGGUUUCUCUCGAGGUUACCGUUGAAUUCAUUAUAAUAUGAAAACGACGAAGGAUACCGGAGAAUGUUAUGUAAUGCUAUAUUUAAAUAAGACGCUCAAUAUUGUGACAGUGUAUAUGUGUUUAAAUAAUUUAUAGCUACAGUGAAUUUCAGUCAAAGAAGAUUCAAUGUAAAACGCGGGAAGUCUUAAGUUAUAAUUCUAAAUUAAAUAAAGAUAUUGCUAUCGCAUGCGAAUACACUAACAAUUCGUCAUAGGCGUGAUGACUGAAUGUUUUGUUGCUUUAAGCUAAGCUUCUGUGCUGGCAGAAAUACGGAACAAGAAUUCUUUGUGCUAGAGAAAGCGCUAUAAAGCAAGAAACGUAAAUAUUUUCAUGCGCCAUAUUUUCAGAAGCUCCUAUAUAUUUUUCAUUAAGGCAAUUUUUGUAACUACAUCUGUCAAAAUAUAUCCUAAUUCGUUAGGAAUUCAAGCAAUUUUUGUAAACAAAUUGAUUUUGUUUCACUAUGUAAAGUACUUUAAAAUGUAUAACUUAUUUAUGGUAUCUAAUAAAUGCCAAUAAAUCCAAAGAUUUUCUAAAUUUAUAAAUUUAGCUCUCGAUGUUUUGGCACGAUUGUAGCAACCCUACGGAAUAGAAUGCCAGUGUAAUGGAAUGUAAUGUUUAGCUGCCUUAGCUGGAAUAGCUCCCUAGGAUACCAGCGAAUAGGUAUGAAAAAAAGUAGAGUAAUAUAAUAUUUGUCACUGUCAUCCCGUUUGUAAAGGUUCCUCGUAAUAUAAUUUAAAACUUAAUUCUAGUUUCAUGUUGCUUUUGUAUUUUCCCUUUGUCAAGCGGGUUAUUAACCCGGCUGUCAAUGUCACCUAUUUAAUAAUUUUAAUAUCAAGAACUGUGAAGGACUACAAAAUAACAAAUUAAUGUGUUCUUAAUUUCCAUUUCCGGUUUAUUCUAGUCCAUAUUUCACAUAUAUUUUUAAUAAGAGUAAACAAUAAAGUAAGACCAAAGAAAGUAGGUACUCGUGUUUAUAAAAUUUCAAAGAUAUGAGAUAAGAUAUUGUUUUAUUAGGCUAGGUACUUGAACUCAUGAGUUGUGUAAUACUCUAUCACCAUCUCUUUGAAUCCAUUAAGUCUUCAAGUCUAGUAUCAAGUUUGUAAAUGAUGAUAAGUUUAUAAUUAAUUA